UUUCUUUGUGGUGAAAAUUGUUUCCCCGUUUUGCUUUUCCCAUCGGUAGUGUUAGGUGACUAGAUAAGUUGGGCUAGUUAUCUUCAAAGGUGUCCAAGGAGGAGCAGCGAGGAUGGAGCUGUACGAUUCGGCACGGUAUGGGUCGGUGUUUAACAGCAUUUUCCUGUCGACCGAAACGUCCGAAUCGGGCGAGCACGGGUCGGCGGGCUCGAAAAAGGACCCGAAGGCGAAGCAGCUGCAGCUGCUGCUCGAGCCCAACCUGGACCGGUACGAGAUUGCCUCGAAUGCGUCCCGCUUUGCCGUCUACCAUGCGGUGCGGUCGAUUGUGCUGGAACGGGAAACCACCACCAGAGCGACGGUCUCGUCCAUGCGAAUAAUCGAUACGGCGCUGGACGAACCAAAGUCGGUCGGUCGGGGCGAGUCCGGUGCGACGCAGCGCGUGCCCCAGAUAGUGCUGGCCGGGCUGGACAGCCUGUACGGCAUCAUAGCGGAAACGCGCCAGAGCCAGCCCCGGAUCGCGACCAAGGCGCUUCGCUCGCUGUACGACAUACUGCAGGGUCAAGAUCCGGAGGGUAUGCGGCACGAGCCGGAUGCCGUGUUUGGUCCACUGUUCGAUUUACUGCUGGAGCUGUCCACCGUCAGCAGCGGCCCGUCGGCGGCAAACGGUGCCUGGUCGUCGCUCGCCUGCUCGACGCUGCUAUCGCUCGCCAUCGCGAAGGGUGACACAGGGCGCAUCGUCCGUGCGGUGGCCGCCAUACUGAUGAACUCGGUGUACGGCAGCAGCACCAGUGGCAACAGCAGCACCACCAGCGGCGGUACGGUGCAGAUGCCGCAGAGUGUCGCAAAGCUGCAGCGCACGAUAUUCUCCAUGGCAACGGGGCGCGCCACCAUUGCGGACUACUUUCGGUGCGGUGUGCCGCGUGGCAGCCUGAUUGGCGAGUUUCGGCUGCCGCUCGAAUCGUCCACCGUGCACUCAGUCGCGUCGGACGGAAAGUUUCUGUACCUGGUGACCGUGAAGGGGCUGCUAAAAAUCGGGUCCGGCUUUAAUGGCACGCAGGAGGGACUGAUCUACGGUGCGGUGACGAUCUCGAACGCCAAGAACGAGCUGCCCGGCUGGAUCGGCUACUCGGGGGGGAAGUUGUACUACGGGCGCAUCAGCAAAAUGAUGGCGUCCAGCAGUGGGUGGACGUUUCAGCUGUACGACCCAACGACACUGACCGCCCUGGGCACGGUACAGACAGCACCAAUACCCGCCUUUCAGCGUCGUUACGGGCAGCUCUUCUCAGACGGUGAUGCAAUCUGUUGGCUCGGUGCGGUGUCCGACUCGAUCCGCGACUCGACCGAGCUGGAUGACCAGGAGGAGGACAUACUCGUGGUAAAGCAACUGUAUCCGCCGGUGGCAACCGGCCCCAACAACAGCUCUACGUCGGCCGGUGGGCAACCGACCGGUGGAGAAAGCCGCCCCGAGCUACGGCUAAAGCUGGCCAAAAACCGGUACCACACGUACGGCUGGGCAGCGUUUGAGGAGGAGCUGGUAGAGAAUGGUAGCAUGGCGGCGCCACCGCCGCCACCGGCCAGCAUCGCCCCGAUGCCCGUGCUGGAAAGCAAUCCGACCGGGGCGGCCAUACAGUCGAUUAGCUGCGGGAAGGAGUUUGGCCUGGUGCUGGUGGACGACGGCAAGGUGCUGUACUGGGGCCGGGGCACCGCGCUCGGGCUGAAAACGUCACCCAACGUGGCCGGUGGUGCGGUCGGCUGCGUGAUGAGUGCACCGAAAGCGACCGUUUCGAUGAAGCUGAGCGAGCUGACGGCACUGCCGAAGGGGGUGAGCUGCUUUCGGCAGGUUGCCGUUGGCCAUGAGGCAAACCAUGGGCUGCUGUUGACGGGGGACGGUACGGUUUACUUUACCGGGACGGCCAAGCGCGGUGAAGACGGUGAGCUGGCUAAGACGAACCGAAGGCAACCGAAAGCCAUCAAGCCGAAGCGAUUGAACAAGCUGGACGGACAGACGAUCACGUUCGUGGCGUGCAAUAAUGGUACAUCGGCGUUUGUGACGAAGGAUGGCAAACUGAUCAUGUACGGCAAGGACACCAAUUACUGUGAACCGAAUGGUGUGGUAGGUGGGCUAACAGAUGUAGUUAUAAGGAAGGUGGCCCUCGGUAAAGCGCACUGCGUGGCAGUCGAUGCACUGGGUCAACUGUACACCUUCGGACUCAACAAUAAGGGCCAGUGUGGUCGCAAGUUUCAGCGAGAACGCAAUGUGGAUGAAUUAGUGACCACCAACAACCAGGCAAAUGCAGGAACGCUAACGAACGGCACCGGAGCCCAAACGCACCCAAACGCUUUAAACACAACCAACUCUACCUGUAACGCGUGCCACUCGGCACCAUCCGCAGCGGCAGCCCAUGCCACCGAUCCGCCGGUCGCUUCGUCCGCUGCCAAAUGUGGCUGCGGCUGUGGCUGCUGCUGCCAUUGUGGGAAUUCGGGUGGAACGGCUGGCGUCGCCGGCACUGCCAACCCGAUCGCUGCCACCAGCAACGAUGCCGACACACCGCGCAUCGUACCGGUGCCACCGCAGCGGGUCGAGCUGCCACAGCACACGGGCAACGGUGAUGCACGGCAGCGGCCCCCGAUCGUAACGCAGAUCGCCUGCGGUCAGCACCACUCGCUGGUGCUUACGUCCGCGGGGGAGGUGUACAGCUUUGGCAGCAACCAGUACGGCCAGCUCGGCACGGGUGAUCUGCAGGCACCGGCCGGCGGUCGACCCCACUUGGUGCGCUUUCCGAACGGAGCCGGGACGAUUGUGUCGGUUGCGGCCGGGAGCAACCAUUCGGUGGUGCUGACGAGCCGUGGGGCCGUGUACACGUUCGGAAACUACCACAAGGGACAGCUGGGUCGGGAAGCGCCGGGCGGAGGGGGCAGAUUGGACGGUGCCGGGGAGGGCAACUUCUUCUGGCACUGUGCGCCCGUGGCGAUCGAAUCGUUCGGGCCGGGCACGGGCCGCCGUGCCUCGUUCAUUGCGGCCAGCGGCGACCAGACGUACAUCAAGGUGGAGGAAUCGCUUAUAAACGGUGCAGCGCUGGCCAAGUAUAGCGUGACGGCGGAUCGGUCAACGAUUUUGCUUAUCCCCAACAAUCAGUCACAUCUGGGUGGCUCAAUUACGAUCGAUCGGCGCACCGGGCACUGCCGGGCGCACAGGAUGAACCAGUUCGAUGCACGUGUUGAGCUGAACGCAGGUGCGCAGGCCGGGUUGAAGGAAGCGUAUCGAAGAAAUCGGUGGCACUUUUCGUUCACACUCGAUCCACUAUUCAACGUCCUGUGGGGUUACGACGCGAUCCGGAAGCGUAUGCUCAUUUUCAAUCCUAUCGCGUCGGAGUUGUUUCGACGCAAGUCCAAGCAGCAGCGCAAGCCAAGCACGCAGCGAGCACAUGAACAGCCAUCCUCCUGCCAGGUGGAUGGUGGGGAGAAGGGCGACCCGGCACGGUACGGGACGCACGAAUCACUGUCCGUGCUGAGUCCGGAGAUAGCGCUUCCGCAGCGGUGGAACGGUUGUGAGGUGCCACGAUUUCAGCUUGCGCUCAAUUUGCUCGCCUGCCUCGAUGUGCUGACGGAGGCUACGGAGCGGCUCGGUGCGACUGGACAGUGGCCACCGUUCGAACCGACGCUGGAUGCGGGUGGUUCGUCAUCCUCGCCGCUCGACGGGAAUGUUAAUGUGAACGCAUCGGAUUGGUUUACAGGGUCUCGCAGUGGUGCUGCAUUUGGCAGUGCCAGUGGACGGCAGGUGAAACUUUGCGACCUACCACCGGAGGACGAUCUACAGGAGGAUGAUCUACCCGAGCACAGGUCGGUACUCCUUACACCUACCUUCGGUUCGGGCAGUAUUGACGAGGAGGUACCCGCCAUUCCCGUGCUGAACCGCUGGAACAUUGGCAACGCCGACAUGUCCGGCAACGGGUUCUCACCUUCAAACGUCGCCAGCGAGGGUCGUUUCCCGUUCCGAACCGGACGCACCAAGGGUUCGACCAGCGAGCAACGCAUUGGCUCUACAUCGAAUGUGCAGUACCGUCGCAAGAAAGGCGGCGGACAGGCGACACCAUGCGGUGGUGCCGCUGGUAGUAAUCAAACGCUCAGCAGCUCCUGCACGGAAGAAAGUGUGAUCGCGCUGUGCCCCAUCUCAAGGCGCUUUGCGACGGGUGUUAAUCGGGAAACGUUUGAAUCGCUUACUGCACUGCUAAGCUGGGCCUGGAACGCGUUCCGCAAUCUGUCGGGCGAGCAGAAGCGGGGCGGCGGUGGAAUGAAGACUUUUACGACCAACCCGAUGACGACCAACAAUGCGGGACUGAUUGGUGAGGCAAAGCUGAUCGUUCGUCUGUCGUUCAUCUGUCGAGUGUGUUUGCGUUUGCUUCGUCGCUAUCUAAAUGCAAUCUAUCAUCCAACCGGAUCUCGCUCCUCCGAAGACGACACUGAUGCUCACAUCGAAGAUCAGUUCCGUUCGGACUUUAGCAAUCCAUUUGGCAACGCUUCACACCCAACGACUGGGUCACCGAUGUCCUCCUCGACAGUCCAUCCGAUGGCAUCGUCGAUGACGGGAACGCAUCAGUCACUGGCGAUGGCCGUGGUCGAGAUACGUACGCUACUGAUCGACAUACUGGCCGAUCGCGUCACGCUGCCGGUGAUGGAACGCUCGAUGAGACGGCGCGUCUGCAAGGCUAAGCGGGAAGUGCUGGGCGAGUGCCAUCGAACGUUUGUGCGCUGCUUUGACAUAUUCUACCCGACGCCUCCGUUGAAGUGGGAAGUCCUGUGUAGACGGCUGCUGUUGCUGCGCGAAUCCGAUCCGGGUGGGAUACAUGGGGGACCAAAGCCACACGUCGACCGGUACCGGUACAGUUACGGCUCCUCGAGCAGUGGCGGUGGUACGGAACGGUGCAGCGGCAGGUUGUUGCUGAGCGCCAUCCUGGCCGGUCUCUGUCAGCCGUCCGUUAAUUUGCGCGUCACGUUCUCCAUUCUGAUGUCAUCGCCGGCGCAAGCGGUACCGACGGGAUCCGCCUCGACCAGCCGGCCUCAAUCGACCGGUUCCGGGGCACUGCUGAUCUCGCGCAAUCGUGACCUGCUGGCGAGUUUAAUCGAGCAGAUGACAAGCACGGUUGGUAGCGGUGGUACGAACAGUGGUGGCGAUGCUGGAGGACAGUCAGGCGUUGUUGGUGUGCCGCAUCUGCCCGACUGGCACUUUCGCGAUGUGCUGGAGCUGCUGCUGGAGCUUGUUUCCGAUCCGGUGCGUCGAAAGUUGGACCGCAUUGGGCGGCAUCGAAGGCGUGGUAGCAGUAGCAGUGGAAGCAGCAAUAGCAACACGAGCAGUGCUAGUAGCUGCCGAAGCAGCGAAGGUGUGGAGUAUGAUUACGAGCUUGACGAUGAUGAAGCAACCGAUGUGGCGGAGGGCGAUGGAGCACCGUUUCCGUAUCGGGCGGAUGAGUAUGACAGCGAACAGGGCGACGGUGGCAAAGGUUGGCCGAUGGCGAAAGGCUACCGGCACGAGUCGCUCACCGAAGGUGACAGCGAAGGAGAGGAUGAGGAUAGCGACCAGGACGAGGGUCAGGAUGACGAUCAGAACCAGGAGCGGCUGCUGAUUCGCAACGGUUGCCGGCUGCUAGCGAAGCUGCUCUCGGAAAUCAUUCACCACGGGUGCGAUCCGGUCGAUCGGGAGCGUGGCGAACGGGGCGGAGAUCAGGAGGAGUCGACCCAGCAACCGGCCACCGAUCUGAUGGUCCCGCCGAUGGCCCCGAUGGGUGGAAGCAAUCGGCUGUUCAGUACGGGCAGUCGCUUCGGGAAGGUGGAUCUGGGGAAGACGUGGAACACGGGCAACUUCGGACCGGAUGCGAUCGCGUUUACCGUCGACCGGGCGGGCAUAUCGAUUGUGGGGGCUUGUGUUUACUCCGGUUCGGGCAGCUACGAGUAUCAGCUGGAGCUGCUGUACGACAGUCACCAUUCGACGCAUUCGCACACCUACUCGCAUUCGCACCGCUGGGAGGUGCUGGAAUCGAUCGUCGGCUCGUACGAUCAGACCGCCGUCCGGCAGCACAUGGCCGAGCUGCGCUUUAACCGCGCGGUACUGCUGAAGGAAACCCAUCGCUACGCACUUCGCCUGUGCAGCCAGGGAGCGAGAACGCUCUCGGGGGACUGUGGCCAAUCGUCACUGCGUGGGCCGUGUGGUACGGUCACGUUUCGGUUCUAUCCGUGCGAUCUUAGCUUCAACGGGACAACGCCGGCCCGGGGACAAAUACCGGCCAUACUGUACUACUGCACGCCGGUCGGUGGUGUGGCGGGAUUCCCGCACGGCGGCACGAAUGUAGCGAAUGGCCGCGAGCUAGGCAACUGCCGUACGCAGGCGCGUGAUUUAGCGCUCGAGGUAGCGCGCGCAAUCGUUGGCCGGUGCCGCGAGCUGCUGACGGUGGCGCACGAGCUAGCGCUGUGGACGUCGGCAUCGCCCGGCAUGCGUGCACCGUCCUCCUCGGAAACGUCCUCCACACCCUCGUCAUCCGCUUCGUCCGGCGUUAUCGGUGGCACGGCGGUUGGUGUGAUGGGAGCAGCCGGUGCAAGUGCGGUUGUAGGCGGCGGUGUGGCCAUCGAUUCCGAGCACAACAUAACACCGAUCGAGGAGCAUAUGGACGUUGGAGCGACGGGGCUGGUCGGGGUGCUUGCGUCCAAUACGGCCGCGACGACGAUUGAACGUACGAGGCGCACGAUCGGCAAGGUACUGCCAAAGGGUUUGCUGGAAACGCUGCGUGGUAGCAGCGGUACGGCCGGCACACCGUACGAUCCGUAUGAAAUCGAUUCCGCCUCGGAAGCAACGGUCGGUGGGAUAGGCGGUGGAGUCAGCGGAAGUGGCGGUGCAGGAAGUGCUGGUGGAAGUGGCGGAGCUGCUGCUGCUGCUGCCGGAGUCGGGAUGUCCGCCGCGAAUGGCAACGAGAUGGAACUACCGGCCGGUGCAGCCUCCAUGGUGCUUGCCGUUCCGAUACGCAAACGCACCGUGUGGGAUCUGUUCCGUGCGCGCACCACCCGCUCGCCCUCGGUCGUGAACUGUCUGUUCCGGUACCUGCUGCCGCUGACGCUGGCCCAGCUGGAGCGUUGCAUUCGCAUGGAUCUGAAGGUGUCGGUUGAGGUGCUGUCGAUGGUGCAGGAGAUACUGCCGCCCAUUACGGCGCUGAACGAGCUGCGCCGACAGCGUGGCAGCGUGGGCAAGUGCUUCGCCCACAUGACGCACAGCAGUGGUGCGGCGGGCAACGGCACGACCAUUACCUCGUCCGCGACGAGCAUGAACACGACCAGCCAGCACUACUGCAUCCUGGAGAGCGACCAUCCGUACAAGACGGCAAGCCUGACGGCGUACCGGGUCCGAUUUCCCGCAACGGUGCGCUGGAUGUGUCUCACGUUCGAUGCGCAGUGCGGCACGGUACAGGAGGAGGACCGUGUGAAGGUGAAAAUUCCUAACCGUCGAAGUGGUCCCGCAAACGAAAAAGACUCACUCGAUGAUUGGUGCACCGUGCGGAUGUAUAAUACAACCGCCCGGUGGGCUUACGGUGGUCCGGGCCGUGCGAUGGUGCUGCCUGGGCGGGAGGUAGAGAUCUCGCUCGAGUCCUGCUCGACGUACGUGAACGAACCGAAGCAGCAGUCGUACGGGUUCAAGUGUCUGGUGAUAGGGUACGAAAAUGCGGAUCAAGUUCCUACCGGUGAACAUGUGGAUGCGCAGGGUAUAAUGGAGCAUGCAGGCGCCGGCACUGCAGCCGGUGGUACGCUGAUCGCGCUGGAGCAUGAGCUGGCCCAUCUGGGUGGUCGGUGUGCGAGGAAUCUUCUCCGGAAGGAGUUGCGUUUCGAUGACGACCCAGACGAUCGACUGACGGAACCGGAAGCGGCCACACUGGAGCGGUACGGGACGACGCUGCUUGCCAAAGGGCUGAUGGUACCGGACGCCAUGCUGACCAUCCGCAACGCACUCGACUGCCAUCUGCCCGUGCUCGAGAAAAACUACGAGAAACAGUUCCUGCGUGACUUUAUCUAUGUAGCGGCUGGUUCACCCGGUGCACGGUUGGCUGCCUGGCUGCAACCAGAAUCCCGGCUAGAUCCCAGUCGGUGUGAAAUUAAAAUUAUUUCCCCCCAAUCGCCACCGCUACGGGCGGGCUGGCCAUCACACUUCCGGCUGGAGACGCGGGAUCAGUACGGGGAGGAGAUAUUCGUUCCCGGCAUAAAGAUCGAAGUAAAGGCAUCCCUGCGCCGUGACACGUCAGUUAGCGCAAUCACGCCAAAAGUGUCGCCCGGAACGCCGACGGCCGCCUCUACCGCGACCGCCGUGCCGCCGUCCGUGCCGUACGAGCCGACGUACAAGGAGAAGGAGAAGAGCUGCCUGCAGGCAAUCAGCGCGAUGCGUCCGUACCACGGCUACUCGUUCGAGGAGCUGCGCCUGUACGCGGCAAGCGUGAGCAGCGCCAGCACCACGACCACCGCCACCACCGAGAUCUUGACGGCGAAUGAUUUGGGUAAAAAUAAGUACGGCUUCGUCUGGACGCCGAUGGUGGCGGGCGCGUACGAGCUUACGCUGCAGAUCGACGGUGUGCCGGUGGUGGUGGAGGACGAGGAGGAAAUCUAUCGCCUCGAGGUGAUUGAUGCGGGUGGCGCUGGUGGCGGAGCGGGUGGUGGUGGCGGUGGGGCGGGUGCUGGUGGUACUUGUGCGGGCGGAAGCGGUGCAUCCGGCGGACUGCCCAAGAUGCUGAACGGUGACAAGGGCCUGGUGAGUGUCGGGCAGGGGCUGAAGAAGGUGCAUCCACCGACGAAGCUGCGUAAAUUUCUGGCCAAGAACUCGGCCGGCUUGCGGGUGCGCCUGCACCCAACGCUGCAGUCGGAGCAGAUCGGUGUCGUUCGUCCGAAUGGAAUUGUCGCGUACGGUGAUGAGAUGGAAAAUGAUGACGGUGUUUGGGUACGGUUGACCGCAGAAUCUAUCCGAGAGCACUGUCCCGCUUCCUGGUUUCCCGUCGAAGCCUGGUGCCUGCAGUACAAUCAACAUCUCGGCAAAACGCUGCUCCACCCAAUCGUGGACACCUGCACGACCAAGGUGCUGCUGGAGCAUACGGCCGCCAAAGAGGAACCCUCGGUAGUGGACGACACGGUCGAGGACAUUGAGGCGGACGACGAUUGCGAGGGUGAAGGUGAAGGCGAGGAGAAUGAAAAUACGAUAAAUUAUGGCGAUUUCCGCAAAGCUGCCACAGCCGCCCUGUCCGAAGUUGUUGGCGGUGGUGCUAAGGCUCUUCAGAAAUGGUUCCACCGAUCCGGCACGGAAGGCUCAAUGAUGGAUGAAACAGGCCCCAACAAGUCACCGCAUCAUCAACCACCGUCGGCCAGUUUGUCUCAGCAGCAACAACCUCAGUCCAACGCACAAACUCAACCACAGCAACCGGAUCUGCAGCAGCAAUCUUUCCAGCAGCAUCUUCCCAAGCGCGCUCUGUCACCUUCGGUCGCGGAAACGUUACGUGCCGUGUUUGCCGCCUUCCUUUGGCACGAAGGGCUCGUGCACGAUGCGAUGGCGUGUGCUUCGUUUCUCAAGUUCCAUCCAACCAUCUCGAAGACGGCUGGGAUUGGGCUUGGGCCCGGUGCGGUUGGAAUGGCCAAUCAGUCCAGCGAAUUGCCCAUCCCGGCGGUGCUAACCCGCGAACAGAAGGUACUGCAGCGCCACUCGGUCGAGUUUUCCAACGCCACGCUCGAUGCGCUGGAACGGAGCGGCAAUCGGUGCAUCAUGAACCGAAGGCAUCGUGGCAUUGGGGGAGGAUUUGCAGCUCUUGAUGGGUCAAAUGGACAGUCGUCGUCGGUCGGUUCCAGUGCGGUACCGCCGGUAGCGUUGCGUUGUCUGGUGCAUCUCUGGGAUCAGUUAGGCUCUAACUUUGUGCAACUGGUCGAAACCAAUUCGAACGACAAGCGUAAUGAUGAUGGGAAGGAAUGUGGUCCCAUUCCAGGUACCGGGUCCGGUACUGGGACGGUAGCAAUUGCACCUUCAAGCGGUGCUCCACUGGUAGCCAGCAAGAGUGGACUCACGCUGGCAGCAACGGCCGGCACAGGUACGACAGCGGCAGCCGCUUCCACAACGGCUCCUGCGAACGGUGCAGCGGCAGACGGCAGUUACUGUGAGCUAUGCCGCACCAUACUUCACUCCAUCCCGGUGACGUACCACAUGCGGCUGGCCCAUCCCGGCUGUGGACGACCGGCCGGUGGUCAAGGCUACAAUUCCAACGGCGUUUACUGUGAAGGCUGGGCCGGUGACUGUGGCGACGGUGGCCAUGGUGUGUCGAGCUGGUAUCUUCUAUGCGAGGCAUGCAGGAAGCGAUACGAAGGUACUACCCCUGUGCCACUUCCGGUCGGACCACAGGCAGCUCUAUCGGCUGCAGCGGAGCGAAGAAACGAACCGCCACGAUCGACACUGCCCUCGGAGCUGUUUGCAAUGAUGAAGGAGAAUGCGUUCUUCUUGCUGGAUCUUGCCCCUGUGGAGUCGUCCGCGUGUAGUGGCAAUGCAGCGGGAAGCAGUGAGGCGUCCCUUACCGAAGUAACGGAUGCAUCGGAAUGGCCCACACCAUCCGAUCGACCAGCCUGCCUCAGUACGUUUGUGGAUUCGGAGGGAGCCGUACAGACGACUGCCCGCUUUCCGAGCGAUGGAACACCGGGCAGCUGCUAUCUGCCCCUGUCCGGGGGUAAGUUUCAUCGCAGCGUCUCGAUGGGACAAGGUGCGGGACCGUCGGUGGUACUGCGCCGUCGACAGCGCCGCGAGGAUGAGCGUUCCGAUGCGAACUUGUUGAACCAUCCGUCGGAGAAUCUGCGCCGGCUGGUGCCGAUGGAUGUUGGUGCGUCACAUGGAGGUGGUGGUGGUGGUGGUGGAGGUGUAGAUGCUGCCGCUGCCACCAACAGCGUCCAGACGGGUCUGCUUGGCCGCCCGGCAAUGGUGUUCAUACUGGAGCGACACAAUUUGGAGCGUUUGCGUCGAUUGCUCAUACGGCAGCUGCGAAGGUCACUGUGCCAUCGGUACAGUCUGCAAGGCUUUAACUGGCUCGUUCGGCAGCUAACUGAACCGAUUGGGCUGCAUGACGUCAUGUGGUGGUUUGUGUCGGCCCUGACGACGUGCGAUGCGGAUGCCGAUCCUACUGAUGCUGACUCGGAGUUGGGACUGGAGCAUCCCGCCAGCAGUUGUGAGGGUCAUCUCGGGCGUGGCAUUUCGCGUGCCCUGCACGCCUUCCUGUCGACCGUGUCUGAGUUGACGCUACACUUCCCGCUUGGAUCUCCACUGCAGCGCAUGGCCGUCCAGUGCUUUGGAUUGCGCUUCGUUCCAUCCGAUCAUCAGUUUUUGCAUCGUGUGAACGUGUUUGGAAACAUCUCGCGUAUCCUCUCGAAAGCGGAAGAGGAAGAGGAGCGAGCACUGGAGGCCCAGUCGGUACGGGAUCAUCUGCUCGGGGGGUCCGAUGAGGCACCGAUCGAAGUAACGCUCUUCCAGGAUGUUACCGAUCUUUAUGAGCUUACGGUUUCUUCGCGUCCCGCACUCGCACAAGCACUGCUGGACAACUCCACGGAAACGUUCUGGGAGAGCGAUGAGGAGGACCGUGGAAAACCGAAGACGAUCGAGCUGAUACCGGGAGGACGUGCGGCAGGCUCUGCAGCACCCGGAAACGGAUGUCAGCUAACGCUGAUUGCUGUUCAUGUGGACAACAGUCGAGAUGUUGCGUGCAAGGUAACAUCCCUGUUGCUUUACGGAGGCUCCCAUCUGAACAGCGUCACCGAAACUGGGGAACUCUCACUACUGCGCACGAUCGAGAUCGAUCCGACUGCCUGUGCCUGGCAAACGAUUCCAAUAGCCAGCAGUGCAAACGGCAACACGCCCACCUCCGGGCACUAUCGUCUCGAGAUACGAGGCCCGGAUGCGACACUCCGCAUCCGGCAGGUGAAGCUGUACGGAACGCGCACGGGACAUUCGGCCCCAGCGCCCAUUCCCACUCCCCGGCAGGUACAGUCGCGUCUGUGCGAGCAGGAAACGCUGCGCGUAUUCCGUCUACUAACGGGGCAAGUGUUUGGGAAACUGUUGGAAGAAACUUCCACACUGAUCGGGAACGGUGGUAACGGUGGAGCUGCUGGUGGAAACGGGGCAGGAGCAAAUGCAAAUAGUAGCAGUAACGGCGAUGCGUGCAGUACGGAGCUGUCUCCGUUGCCAUCGUUGUCCGAGUCGAUACACGAUUUGCGCGAACAUGCGGUCGGUAUCCUGUUUAGUCGGCGCAAGCUGAGCCACCUGCAGAAGCAAAUAAUCGUGCACGUGGUGCAGGCAAUAGAGCGCGAAACGGUGAAGGCCCGGGAUGCCUGGGAGCUACUGGUCGCUGGGGAACCGGCCAACACCGCCACCACGUAUAAUGAUGCGUACUGCUUCGAGAUGCUUAGUAUGGUCCUGGCACUUUCGGGAAGUUCCGUCGGGCGCACAUAUCUCUCCCAGCAGCAUCAUCUGCUGAAGGAUCUACUAUCUCUUGCCCACACUGGCAGCGAUCGUGUGCAGCGUCAGGUGACAGCACUGAUUCGUCGCAUUCUACCCGAACUUCCCUCGGACGGUGCUGCUCACAGUACGGCGGACAGUGCAAUCACCACCAACCAUUCCGUCGAUACCGAUUCGGAGGCCCUACUAGACGUGCUGCUAGCACUGAUCGCAAAAUCGCUCCAGGUGCAGGUGAAGGUAAAGAAUGGUUCGAACGGGAAUCAUCAAAGUGCUUCUGCUGCUGCUGCUGCUGCUGCGCCUCCAUCAUCGCUCGGCACCACCGUCGUUAGUUUGGGCAGCGUAACGUCAUCAUCCUCGGCCUCGCAGACACUAGCGACCGGCACUGGGAGCGUCAGUCGUUUGCAGCGGUAUCGCUGGUACCUGCGCGGCUCGAUAGCGGCCAAGCAGGCGGAAAGCAUUAUCGCGCUCGUACGCGAUAUGGCCAGUGGAAAGCUGUCCGAGCGGUGGGCGACGGCAUGCCGGGCAGCGGUGGCAAGCUGUCUGCUCAAUGUGACCCAACUGGAGGAGGAGUUCCGACGCAGCGCUGAUGCUUGCAUCCGUACCGCUACACUUUGGUUGGCCUUAGCUGCGCUCUGCGUGAUAGACCGUGAGCAGAUAGAUCGAUUGUCUUCCAACCAAUGGCACCGGCAGUCGGAAUCGAACAGACCGUUGUGCAGCAAUCAUGACGAUGAGGUUACCUACGCCGUUCUUAACUGCGCCCUUUGCGGUUCGCUCUGUGCCGAUUGUGACCGUGUGCUGCAUCUGAACCGUCGCGCACGAAGCCACCAUCGAGCGGUUUGCAAGGAGGAACAGGACGCAAUACGCGUGGAGCUGCACGAAAGCUGCGGCCGGGCCAAGCUCUACUGGCUGUGGGCGGUGGUCGAUUCGCGCACGCUCAAGGGUAUGCUCGAGUUUCGCGGGCACGAUCCGGCUGCCGGCUGCGCGACCGUACCGGUCACGGCGACCGGCGUCGGCGUGUGCCGGUUCUGUGGCGCUACGGGAAGCAGCGGCCUGCUGGCGCUGGGCAACAUCUGUCCCGAUGCGCAGUGCCAGGAGUAUGGGGCAGUGUCCUGCACCAAAGUGCAUCAGCGCUGUGGGCACGCGUGCGGUGGCAUACUGAAUGAGGGCCAGUGUCUGCCCUGCCUGGUGCCGAACUGUCAGUCCGAGGCGGGGGUAGUAGACCCGCCGGGCGGGCAGUACGCGCAGCCCCGGCUGACGCAGGACGGUGAGGACAUGUGCAUGAUCUGCUUCACGGAAACGCUCGGGACGGCACCGUCGAUUCAGCUGCGCUGUGGCCACGUGUUCCACUAUCACUGCUGCAAGACGGUGCUAAUGAGACGUUGGAACGGGCCACGGAUUAGUUUUGGCUUUGCGCAGUGCCCGAUCUGUAAGGUGGAUAUUGAGCAUCCGUCGCUGGAACCGUUUUUGGCGCCGAUUGUCGCACUGCGGCAGGACGUGAAACGAAAGGCAUUGAUGAGACUCGAAUAUGAAGGACUGGCAAAGGCGGUUACUGCCGACGGAACAGACCCCACUCGGUACGCGAUGGAACGGUACGCGUACUACGUUUGCAGUCAGUGUGGAAAGGCAUACUACGGCGGUGAGGCACGUUGCGAUGCCGAGCUGGGCGAAAACUUCAACCCGCAGGAGCUCGUUUGUGGCGGGUGCAGUGACGUUUCCAAGGCGAAGAUGUGCCCCAAGCACGGUAUGGACUUUCUCGAGUACAAGUGCCGGUACUGCUGCUCGGUGGCGGUGUUUUUCUGCUUCGGCACGACUCACUUCUGUGACACGUGCCACGACGACUUCCAGCGCUUGACCAACCUGCCGAAGGGGAAGCUGCCGCGCUGCCCGGCUGGCCCGAAAGCGACUCAGCUGACCGGUGAAGAGUGCCCACUGCACGUGGUCCAUCCGCCGACGGGGGAAGAGUUUGCGCUGGGCUGUGGCAUCUGCCGCAAUGCGCAAACGUUCUGAAGAGAGAGGUAUGUAUGAGUAUGAGUAGUUAUGCAUAAUGUUAAGGAGGUGAGGAACGUUGGUAGGACAAAGUUUAUACUGCUAUUGCACUGCACACAUGACGCUUAGCAUUUGGCUGAAGUCUGUCGAACCAUAUUUAUAUAUAAUAGGGUAUACACAAACACUAUAUUUAUAUACUUAAAUCAAUCAAAACCGCAUUAGAUAGGAUACGUGGAAGCGGGGGCAGCAGACUGUAACGAUUACGAUUUGAUAUUUUUGAGUUUUGAGCCUCCAGUCCAGGGACGAGUCCAUUGUGUAGGGGUGGGCCAGCAGACUACAUUAGCAAUACAUUCCACGCUACGAUUUCUAUACACUAGAUCGCAAAGUGAUUUUAUACAAGCUGCUCCACCAACCACAGAUUCCACAUCCAGAGAACGUCCAGAACAGCUACCAAGCUAAAUGCUCUCCUGUUUUUUGUAUGGUAAGAUGUACACGUAGUAUUUAUAUGUUGCGACAAGCAAAACAAGCUAAAGGGCUAUGAGAUGAACAUAUGACAAAUAUUGCUUAGAGUCUCUGAUACACCGUUUUCCCGUUUUACCAAAGAAUCUGUCUAGUCAAUUUAAGUUAAACUCUUAUUAAUGUAGUAGUGGACGAGUUUAGACGAGCGUGGUAGUAUUGUCGUGUCGUAAUAAUAUCCAUCCACAAGAGAGAAAAAAAAUGUAUUAACCCCUAAUCAGGAUCUCAUUUGCGAUAUUAAAAGCAUUGGAAUACCUAUAAAAACACACAAAUACUGCACGCUAGUUGAGCGCAGAGUCGUCGGAGGUUCUUAGAACGUUUAGAGUGCAAAUUGCGGUGCAAUUUUUCACGCUGCCGUGAGAGGAAGAUGGUUUUGGCUAGUUAUAUCUUUUCAUUCCAUCUGAACAAUCUGAUUAUUUAAAUAAAACAAACUUGCUAGUCAAUUGUGCAAUGCUGAUGUAAAAUGUAA